AUGGCGGCGGCCAGGUGCUGGAGGCUGCUGCCCCUCGGCCGGCGGCUGUCGCAGCAGGCCGCCGCCCCCGCGGCCGCCGCCGCCACCCAGGCCCCCGAGGCGGGCGGCCCGGGGUUGGCGCCGACGCCCGUGGCGCGGUACCCGCCGGUCGUGGCCUCCAUGACCGCCGACAGCAAGGCGGCGCGGCAGCGGCGCAUACAGCGCUGGCAGGCGACGGUGCACGCGGCCCCGACCGUGGACGAGAAGAUGCGGAUCCUCACCAAGAUGCAGUUCAAGAAGUACGUGGUGCACCCGCAGACCGGCGCGCUGAACGCCGACCGCUGGUACCAGGCCUUCACCAAGACCGUGUUCCGGGCGGGCCUGCCGCCCGCGCCCGCGCCGCCCCCGCUCGACCUCGCGGGCCUGCGGGCCGCCGUGUGCGACGGCCUCCUGCAGGAGCAUGUCUACCUGCGCCGCCGCCGCCCGCCGCGCCCCGACCUUCGCCGGGCCGUCGCCUCGGCCCUGCUGGACCAGAUGGUGGGGACCCUGGUGAACCUGCUCGCGCCGCUCAACCCCGUCCUGGCCACCGGCGCCCUCGAUUCCAAGCGCCCCGUUGACUUUUACUGGUUUCGUGGUGAGGAAACCAUUCCUGCUGGUCAUCGGAAAGGUCAUAUUGAUGUUUUACGGUACCAAAUAAAUGAUAAACCACACAACCAGAUUCGAAUAUCUAAGCAGCUCCCCGAGUUUGUGCCACUGGAUUAUUCCAUUCCUGUAGAAAUCCCUGUUAUGAAGUGUAAGCCCGACAAGAUGCCGUUAUUCAGACGGCAGUAUGAAAACAGCAUAUUCACCGGCUCAAGAACAGCAGAUCCGUGCUGUUAUGGUCACACCCAGUUUCACCUGUUACCUGACAAGUUAAAUAGGGAAAGGCUGAUAAAAAGAAACCAAGCUGAGCAGGUAGAAGUUGUUUAUAGGUCUAACGCCAUUGCAAGUCUGUUUGCUUGGACCGGAGCACAAGCUGUGUACCAAGGGUUCUGGAGCGAAGCAGAUGUCACGCGGCCUUUUGUCUCUCAGGCUGUGAUCACAGACGGGAAACAUUUCUCUUUUUUCUGCUACCAGUUAAAUACUUUAGCACUGACUGUACAAGCUGAUCAAAAUAACCCACGUAAAAACAUAUGUUGGGGGACACAGAGUAAGCCCCUCUACGAGACAGUGGAAGAUAAUGACGUGAAAGGCUUUGACGAUGACGUUCUCCUGCAGAUAGUCCACUUUCUACUCAGGAAACCAAGAGAAGACACAGCACAGCUGGCAGGAAGCCAGGAGACAGCACCUGAUCCAGGACCCUGAGGAUAUUUCAAUUUCACCAGAGGAGCAAUAAAGUCAUUUCAGGAUUUUGUACUGUCA